CGAGAGUGCCACUAGAUUUUCUGUUCUUCUCCAUUAUCAGUCACGUGACUGCCAACGUUGCGGGGUGUAUAAAUUACUCGUCACUGAUGCAAUCGUGAUACUUCAGUCGGCAUUGUCCAACGAUAUCAACGUCAAUUCCGUGACUAUAUUUUCCUGACGAUCCCUUCGAGGAAAAUUCUCGUAAAUUUGUCAUUUAGAAGAGACAUUUCGUCAUUCAAAUCGCAAUGACUUCAACGGAGCUAGGUUUUGCUACAACGGCUAUUCAUGCAGGACAAAAUCCUUUGCAAUGGAGUCAUUGCGCGGUUGUGCCACCUUUGGUAAUGUCCUCUACCUUUCAGCAAGAUAGUCCAGCGCAACAUAAAGGAUUCGACUAUGGCAGAAGUGGCAAUCCUACACGAAAUGUGUUAGAAACAUGCUUGGCUGCUCUUGAAGGUGGCAAACAUGGCUUUUGUUUCUCCUCUGGUUUGGGUACUGCAACUGCUAUCACAUCCUUGAUGAAAGCGGGAGAUCAUCUUAUUGCUGGAGAUGAUCUUUAUGGUGGAACCAACCGUUAUAUACAAAAGUGUUUAAGCAACCAAGGUGUAAAAAGUACUUUUGUCGACAUGACUGAUGUGCAAAAUGUUGUAAAUGCGAUACAACCAAAUACAAAGAUGAUAUGGCUAGAGACACCGACUAACCCCAUGAUGAAAAUUACUGAUAUCAAAGCUGUCGCUGACAGUUUAAAGUUUUCUCGUCCAGAUAUUAUAUUAGUUGUCGACAACACAUUUUUGACAUGCUAUUUCCAAAAGCCCCUUGAUCUUGGCGCAGACAUAGUAAUGCAUUCGUUGACAAAAUAUAUGAAUGGUCAUUCGGACAUUAUUAUGGGUGCUGCAAUUACACGCCGAGAUGAUCUCGCAGAAAGAUUGCGAUUUCUACAAAAUGCAAUGGGUAUCGUCCCAUCGCCAUUUGACUGCGCCAUGGUAAAUCGUUCACUGAAAACGCUUGAGUUAAGAAUGCAGCAACACAUGAAAAACUGUUUAGCCGUAGCCAAGUUCCUCGAGUCUCAUCCCUAUGUUGAGCGAGUAUUGCAUCCGUAUCUCCCGUCGCAUCCACAGUAUGAACUUGCGCUUAAACAAACAUCGGGACACAGUGGAAUGCUUUCUUUUUAUCUGAAAGGUGAUUCAGUGAAGUUUUUGAAAGCAUUGAAGGUCUUCACCUUAGCUGAGUCUUUAGGGGGAUUUGAGUCGUUAGCCGAAUUACCCUCCAUAAUGACUCACGCGUCCGUGCCGAAAGACAUGCGGGACAAAUUGGGCAUAACCGAUCAAUUGAUUCGAUUGUCUGUCGGUCUUGAAACAGAACAGGAUCUCAUAGCCGAUAUCAAACAAGCAUUGGAAGCUUGUCAAUAAAUUAAUUAGACAAUCACGAAAUAACAAUAGCAGAUAUUUUAAUUUAUAUAUUGUAAUUUGUACUAUAAAUGUCGGAUUUUUAUUGUCAUAAAUUUCCGUAAUACAUGUGAAUAACUGCCUUAUGCAUUAUUUAGAUAUAUAAAGAAAUUUUAUUUUUAUAAAACAUUUUUAUACAUUCGACAGUUCGCAGAUUUACAUUAGGAACACUUGUAUAAUACAGCAAUAAUUGUAUACUUUUUGACACAUGAUCGCCCGUUCUGAUAUCUCUUGAUUUAUCAACGCUUAUCAAAUAGAUGUGAUUCUCAAAUUUAGAAACGAUAUAAGUUACAUUUCAGAAUGACAUUUAGUUAUUAAUGUUGUAUAUUACAGACUGCGAACACUAAUCCGCUUUUAAGAUCACAAAACUCGACUGGCAAUCAAUAAAUUUGACAAAUGUCAAUAAUUUUCAUUAUUGAUUGCACUUUAUUUUGAUACAUUACAAAUAUGUUACCACCCUGCGUUUCAUCGAACGCAGAAUAUUGCCGUAUAAAAACCGGAUAUUAUUUGUACUACCAAUGCAAUAUACAAUAACAUU